CUUAGAUCCUCUCACUUCCCCUCUCGAUGUCUCGUAUAUCCGACCCAAGCUCGGAGAGUUGAAGCUGCUCUAAUGGCGGAUGGGGUGGACGAGCCCGAGGAAGCGGCGGAGCUGGGGGAGAAGGAGAAGCUGGAGAUCGCCAAGUGGUUCCUCACCAACGCCCCCGCCGGCGAGAUUCACUACGUCGCCAAAGAUAUCCGAUCCAUUCUUGGGGACGACAAAAUCUACGAAACGGCGGCCGCGGAGGCGUUUCCCCUCUACAACAAGGCCCUUUUGAUCGUUCUUGAGUUGCCCGAUAGGAGUGGCGAUGUAAUCAUUACAACAUAUGGGGAACUUGAUGAAAACAAUUACUUUGAUCCCAGGACUGCUCAAGUUGCUACAGUGGAUCAUGUCAAACAAGUCUGUACAAAUUUGAGACCUGCUUCUGAUGAAGAGCUCCCAUCUCCAUAUAUUGAGGAGUUUCGGUGUGCUCUGGAUGCUGAACUUUGCAAAUAUGUUGGUGAAGCUUAUCCAAAAGGAACAUGUGCAGUUUAUUGCACCCGUGGGAAAGAUGUGGAAGGACCAGGAACUGAUUUUGAGUUUGCAGUAGUGAUUUCUGCCGCUAGACAUAGCCCACAAAAUUUCUGCAAUGGGAGUUGGCGCUCAAUCUGGAAACUGGAAUUCAAGGAUGAAUUGCAAGUUGUGGAAAUACAUGGAAAGCUGCAGGUUGGGGCCCAUUAUUUUGAAGAAGGAAAUGUUCAGCUGGAUGCAAACAAUGAAUGCAAGGACUCGACCAUCAUGCAGUCCCCUGAAGAUUGUGCUGUUUCGAUAACCAGCAUGAUUCACCAUCAUGAGUCUGAGUAUAUGGCUUCUCUUGAGGCAUCCUAUCUAGAUUUACCUGACACCACUUUCAAGGAUCUUCGAAGGAAACUUCCAGUUACUCGUACUCUGUUUCCAUGGCACAACACUUUGCAAUUCAGCCUUACCCGGGACAUUACAAAAGAACUUGGAAUUGGAAAGUGAAGUAAGGUACGGCCCAGAGGUGAGGUUUAAUGAUCACAUGCUUCUCCUCGGUGCUCGACUUUUCUGUCUUGUUGGCAUGCAGCCUUUUGGAAUGUGAGAGCUGGUGAUGGUGACUCCGGACUGAUUAAAGCAAUGAAAUUGCUCAAGCACUUGCAGAAGAAAGCCAAUCAGAAGUUCUAAUAUCACCAGGUCCUCAUGCAGAAGUUAGCCAACUCAAAAGCUUUCCAAGUUUUCCCCUCCCCACAUUUUAUCAUCCUUGAUGAUCUAUACACCCUCUGCCUUUAUGUUUUUUGAACACUGAGGUUUUGUUGUUGAAAUCAUGACUCUAAGUAUCACCUUGUUGCCUUCCAAUCAAUAUCAUAGUGUGAAAUCUAUACCAAGAGUGCCAUGUUUCAAUAUUUGCAGCUUGC